GGUGCCGGCGGUGGAGACAGAAGAUGGCUGUGAGGUGGUGGUGCUGGGCGGCGGGCCUAUGUGUGAGGGUGCUGGGUGGGGGCUGUGGUGGAGUAGAAGCCAAUGGAGGCCCUUCCAGGCAACAGUAGUGACGGUUCUGUAGUGGUUGUGCGAAAGCGGGGCUCCGAGCAGAGGAUGUUUCAGGUGUCCGCGGGCGAGAUAUCCUCGGAGAUGUUAAAUAUAUCCAAGAAAUCAGCUUCCUACUUUGCAAACUUCUCCAGACUACAGCAGAUCACAGAUAUUCAAGCUGAAAUCUACCAGAAAAACUUGGAAAUUGAACUUUUAAGACUAGAAAAAGAUACAGCAGAUGUUGUUCAUCCUUCCUUUUUGGCUCAGAAGUGUCAUACUCUGCAAAGCAUGAAUAAUCAUUUGGAAGCGGUGCUAAAAGAGAAGAGGUCCCUCAGGCAAAGACUGUUGAAACCCACGUGCCAGGAAAAUUUGCCUAUUGAAGCUGUUUAUCACAGCUGUAUGGUACAUUUGCUGGAAUUGGCAGUAACUUUCAUUGAAAGAUUAGAAAACCAUCUUGAAACAAUUAAAAAUAUCCCUCAUUUAGAUGAAAAUCUAAAGAAAAUGAGUAUGGCUUUAGCAAAAAUGGAUAUGUUGGUGACUGAGACAGAAGAACUGGCAGAGAAUAUACUCAAGUGGCGAGAACAACAAAAGGAAGUUUCCUCUUCUAUCCCCAAAAUACUAGCAGAAGAAAAUUAUCUGCAUAAGCAUGAUGUUGUAAUUCCUUCUUUACCUUUUACUUCUAAAGUUCAUGUCCAAACUGUUAAUGCCAAGUGACUUGUCAACUUUAUUUUUGCCUAAUUGUAUGUAUUAUGUGAAGUCUAUUUCUAACCAGUUGUAAUAUGGGCAUGUAUAAGCUCUGCUACUAGCAGUACUGAAAGAGCCCUCUUUAUAUUGAAGCAGUAAGAGUCCAAGUUCAUUGAAACCAAAUUGAGUUUUCCUUUGUUUUUCAUAUAUUUUCAUUAUACUUUACAGUAAAACUCUUGAAAAUCAAAUAUAACUAUGAGUUUAUUAACAUGAGUGCAUUAGCCAUUUCUCAGACAGCAACUCUAUUUAUGUCUUCUUUUUAAAUGCUUGUUUCUGAAUUUUGAAGAGUCUUCUUGCAAGUGAAAGUAUGUCAGUUUUCCUGUGGGAUAGUUACUGAAUGUAUAGAAAAGAGCAAACAUAACAGGCCUAACUGCUGUCCUUUGAAAGGCUUGCUUACAAAGUUGGUCCUUGCCUGGCUUCUGGGAAUUUAGAUUUCACUAGCGUUCCUUCCACUAUCACUGAUAAGAGCACUUACCAUGACUGAAGUGUUUGUACAGUGUGGCUUGUGCUGAGCACCUUUCCUUCUGGGAGUCUAGAAUUUUGGUCCGUG